AUGGAUACCUCAGAUAUAAGCGAUGACACCGUGCCAGAGUCCCACAGACCCCUGUUCCUGGGAGAGUAUACUACAGGCUCGACGGGCAACCCAGAUGCACCCCAUUCCACUACCGAAAUGCCAGUACCUUCAGAUUCCGACACAGUGCUUCAGCGUCAAGGAAUGAGGACGUCCAUGCCAACAUCCCAGUCCAGUGAGAUGAAGAAGAUGUGGAAGGAGAGGUUCAGGUUGGUGGAGUCGAAGAGCAAGAUGAUGCAGAAAGAAGAGAGCAAAUAUGGGAUUGCCAAAACCAGGAUUGACCCAAGCACAGGAGGGACCAUCGUCAGGCCAGGAACUUGCCCCCAUGCCACCUGCCUCUACCUCAGCACAGAGCGAGGGGAAGAAACUUUUAUGGCCUACCACGGAUUCCCUCCCUGUGCCCCAGAUCCAGAUGAAGUCCCCCAGCUGGAAGAGUUUGACACCUACCAGCAUGACUGGGCACUCAUGGAUGCAUGGCACCAAGCCAACUGGCUCCCUCCACUCGAGGACAGGGAGAUACCAGAGUUUGAUCUUGUUAAGCACUAA